AGGUCGCGGCGCCCCAGAGCCCGGAGCCCGCGCCGUGGCGCACGCGCGCCUCGCCGUCGACUUCGGUGGGCGCCCGCGAGUCGGCGUCGGGGAACGCGGGCGGCGGCUGGGAGAGGGGCCGCGCGCGCCACCGGUCCCGCGCGCCGCGUCCCCGACUCAGUUUCCCUGGUGGGCUCGGCAGGAAGUUCGCCCCUCCGCGCAGUCGGGCGCAGAUUUGGCGGGCGCCGCGGGCUCGGCUCGGCAGACGCGGUGGUCAUGGUGCCUGAGCCUGCCUGCUAGCAGCUGCCAUGUCUCGAGAGGCAGGCUCCUGCCGUCUGGGUGCCGGGAUGAGGGUGCGUUCCCGAAAGCCCAAGAAGCCGCACUACAUCCCGCGGCCUUGGGGCAAGCCCUACAACUACAAGUGCUUCCAGUGCCCCUUCACAUGCCUGGAGAAGUCUCACCUCUACAACCAUAUGAAGUAUAGCCUCUGCAAGGACUCUCUCUCCCUGCUGCUGGACUCCCCGGACUGGGCAUGCCGCCGGGCACCUCCCUCACCCAGGCCCCGGGCACCCACUCCUGAGGGCCCCAGGGGUCUCCCAGAUCCAGACAGCCAGCCUACUGUGUCCAGCCUUGUGGCUACUGACAACUUCCCCCAGCGCCACUGUGGUGGGGACCCCAAGGCUGGGGCUGAGGGGCCCGCAGAGUCACUGCCCCCUCUGGCUAGGCAUGUCCGGAAGGGUCCAGGCCUUGGUAGUGGGCUCCUGGCAGAGUCAUGGAAGCCAGACCUGGGUGGCAGCCUGAGGAGCUCAGCUUCAGGGGCCAUGACUUCGGCAGGACCGGAGAGCUGUGUCCCCUGCUACCCGCCCCCUGGCCUCAGAGAGUGCCCUGAGGCCCAGAGCCUCCACUUGUCCCUGCUGGGCAUCAACUAUCCCUUCAGCCCCAGCCUCUUCUCCUACCUGGGGCCCUCCCUAGCUACUGCUGCUCACAUGCCAUUCCUAGCCUCAGCCAGCUCCCUGCUGCCUCCCACUGCAGCCUUCCCAGCCCCACAGACACCUGAGCGCCCAGCCCUUGCCCCUCACCUGUUCUACCCCCUGCUGCUGGAGCACAGCCUGGGGAUGCCUGCAGGCAGGGCUGCCACUUCCAAGCCCUCUGCAUCCCCUAAGGGGCUCCCCAGAAUGCUGGGUCCCAGGCCACUGAAGGUGCCUGUUCCCACGCUGGGGAGGUUCUGGCCCCAUGACAGUCCUAGGGGCCCAGUGCAGGAAGGAGGACUGGAACCACCUGCUCCAAGAGACCCCCAAAGGAAACUGGCCCCAGGAAGCAGGCCAGAGUACCCCAAGACCUCCAGCCUGGCAAAGUUCGGGUGCCAGAGCAGCCGUCCAGCUGGUUCUUCCCUGACGCUCUGGCCUGAGGACGAGGAGACAGAUGACCUGGAGGUCCCAGGUUCUCAGGUCCUCCUCCCUCAGCAGCCCCAUGGCCCUGUGCUGGGAAGUCCAGGGCCUGUGAGUGAAGACCUGACCCAGGCCCUGGGCGACUAUGCCAGAGUGGAGCAGUGCAUGGGGCAGCUGACUCCAGCGGGAGUCUUGGCCCCCUGGCCUCUUCGGGAGCAUCUGGGCAAGAUCCGCCGUGAGCUGCUCACCAUCCAUCAGGUGCUGGAGCAGGCUGCUCGGCCUCCAGAUACGCCCCUCGACCUCUCUGUGAAGCGGGUGCCCACCAAAGAACUAGAGACAUCUAUGGGCUGGGGACUACCUGAGCCUGGUCCUGUGUUGGUCCGGGGGACCCCAGAACCCCCCAGCAUGCUGGGCCCCACAGCCACUGAGCCUUUCUCUGGCCAUACCACCAAGUGUGAAGCUGAUUCCAGCGUCCCACCCCCUGGCCUCCUUCUUCAGGCCCCUGAGGACACUGCUGUUCCUGGCAGUGGCUGGGGCACCCGCCUCAGGGCUGGGGCCUCCCAGACUCAUCAAGAUGCCCCUGGUGUGCAGAGGCCCCCAGUUGCUGAUGCCUGCCUGUAGCCCCCUUAGCUCACUGUUCUUGUUCCUUGUCCUGGGCCACAUGUCCCAGGUCUAUCCGGUCUCUGUGUGCAUGUGGAUGGCUCCCUUAACCUGUGCAGAGCCUUUUGCCUCUGGAUCACAGGAAUAGUGAAGUCACAAUUAUUUAUUGAUCACAGUUGUGGACAUUAAAAUACAAGCUACCUUCA